GGAGGGCGCUGUUUCAACACGACAAACUCGCUGCCGCUGUCCGUGCUGGAGAAGAAGACUCAAGAUGGCUUUGAGAGCUGCUCUGAGAGGGAAGAGACGCUUCGCAGGCCUCCUCUCCUGCUGCAGUCAUGACAGGCUGUGUGCGACCUCCACCUCCAUCAGUCAGAGGAGCAACUCCAGCUCAGCCACCCUCAAGGUGGAUCAUGACCAAACUGCAGGCGUGGCCGUGAUGCACAUGCAGAGUCCUCCGGUCAACAGCCUCAGCCUAGACUUCCUCACAGAGAUCUGCAUCACCGUGGAGAAGCUGGAGAUGGACAAAGGCUGCCGAGGCCUCAUCAUCACCUCGAGCCAGCCCAAGGUGUUCUCCGCCGGCCUGGAUAUCAUGGAGAUGUAUGGGAAGAGCCCGGAGCGCUGCGGAGAGUUCUGGAAGGCCGUGCAGGAGAUGUGGCUGAAGCUUUAUGGCUCCAACAUGGUCACCAUAGCAGCCAUCAACGGCUCCAGUCCUGCAGGCGGCUGUCUGUUGUCGAUGACGUGCGACUACAGGAUCAUGGCGGACAACCCUCGUUACAGCAUCGGGCUGAACGAGACCCUGUUGGGCAUAGUGGCACCAUUUUGGUUUAAAGACACCAUGGUGAACACGGUGGGCCACCGGCACACAGAGACGUCUCUGGAGCUAGGGCUGCUUUACAAGCCUGCUGAGGCCCUGAAAAUAGGACUGGUGGACCAGCUGGUGCCUGAAGACCAGGUCCUCUCUGCUGCCACUCAGACCAUGACCAAGUGGUUGGCCAUUCCAGAACACGCCCGACAGAUCACCAAGUCCAUGAUGAGGAAACCAACAAUUGAAAAACUGCGUUCCAACAGAGAGGCCGACAUCCAAAACUUUGUCAGCUUCAUCACAAAAGAGUCCAUCCAGAAGUCUCUGCGCAUGUAUAUGGAGAUGCUGAAACAGAAGAAGGGCUAGGGAUCACAGUCACACACACACGCAAACACACACCAGAGAAACUGAACACAGAACUUUAUAGCUCAUCUUUGUGUGUUAUAAUGGGAAUGACCCAAAACAUUAAAUACAGCAAAGGUCUGAAGGAUUUAUUGUAGGUAAAAUACACUACCAUUGCUUUGUGCUCUGAUUUCCUAUCAUUUUGAUUUGAAAAAAAAAUCAUAUUAAUACCCUACAGUUCAGUCUAAAUGGUAGAAAAGUAAAAUGCAGUGAGUGAACAGUGAUGGACAAAUGUGCCAGUUCCUGAUACUUUGUGACAGAUGAGCCUUUGACCUGUAAGUGCCUGUUUUUCCUCUACUUUGAAAGAACCCUAACAGCCGAGGCCGCCAUCGAUUCAUGUAGCUUGACUGAAGCAAAGCCAUGGCCAUCUCACAGGUUUUCUUCUUCUUCUUUUUGCACACUAAACAAUGUGAAAUGUCUCAAUAAAUCUUUGGAUUUGUACAGUGAGUGAAUGAAAGUGUUUUAGCACCCAAAGCUGCUGUAUGAAACUUUUAUAAACAAUGUUUUGUUUUGUUUUUUUACAAAUUUGUUCAAACAAACUAAUCAGAGACGAAAGGAGGGUUUUAGCAAUGCCAGUCAUGCUCAGCUUAAAUGUGCUAAUGGCGGAGAAACAACUUACUGUUAGAGUCAGACGGUUCAUCCGUCCUCAUUGUAGCAUAGCAGAGAUCUGUGUUAAAAUAAAUAUUUCCUUAUUUGUAAAACUGA